AUGGCUGCAUUUGCAAAGGCUUACCCUACCGACCCGGUGGACGUCAUCAUCUCGGACUACAUGUCGGAGGUGAACAUGACGGUCGGGGCGGCUAGGAAGGUCGACUCGACCCAGUUGGCGGCGGACGUAGGCAACGCCUUCCUCGGCGCCGGCGCGGGCCCAGCGUUUGAAAGCUCGUUCCUCGAGGCCCUGGAGCCGGCGCUGGAAGACCUGGGCAGGUACGGGAUCAAGGUGGCCGCCAACGCCGGGAACGCCGACGUGCAGGGCCUGUACAAGAUCGUGGUCGACAUGGUCCGGAAGAAGGGCCUGGAGGGCAAGAUCAAGGUCGCGUGGAUCUCGGGCGACGAGGUCUUGCCGGCCAUCAACGAGGGGCUCAAGAACGGGAGCUCCAAGUUCAAAAACAUCUACACGGGCCAGGUGCUGGAGAGCUGGGAGUUCGAGCCCAUCUACGCCCACGCCUAUCUGGGUGGCAUGGGCAUUGCCGAGGCGUUCCGCCAGGGCGCGCAGAUUGUCAUCUGCGGCCGGGUCGCGGAUGCGUCUCCCGUCAUCGGCGCCGCGGCGUGGUUUCACCGGUGGACGCGAGAGAACCUGGAUCAGCUGGCCAAUGCCUUCGUCGCGGGCCAUAUGAUCGAGUGCUCGACCUACGUCACGGGCGGCAAUUUCACGGGGUUCAAGAGCCUCGAGGCCGGGGGGCGCUGGGUCGACAUUGGGUUCCCGAUCGCGGAGAUUUCACCAGACGGGCAAGUGGUGAUCACGAAACAGAAGAAUUCCGCCGGCGGGAUGGUGACCGUCCACACGUGCUCGUCGCAGCUGCUGUAUGAGAUCCAAGGGCCGUGGUACUUCAACAGCGACGUCACCGCCGUCCUGGACCAGCUCUGGUUCGAGCAGCUAGGCCCCGACCGCGUCGCAUUGCACGGCGUCAAGGCCCUGCCGCCACCCCCGACGACGAAAGUCGGCAUCACCGCUCGCGGCGGAUUCCAGGCGGAGGUGUCAUACUAUCUGACUGGAUUGGAUAUUGCCGAAAAAGCCCGGAUGACCGAAGCACAACUGCGCCACAGUCUCAGGAAAUACUCGGACAAGUUUACGACGCUGUCAUUCAGUAUCCUCGGAACUCCGGGCGUGGACGCGGACAACCAAAAUGCCGCGACGUGCACAUUCCGAAUUUUCGUGCAAGGAAAGGAAGAGAGAGAUAUCUCCUCCGGCAAAUUCCUUAGACCGGUGAUUGACAACAUCAUGCAGGGCUAUCCUGGUUCCACGUUCCAUCUGGACUUCCGUCUGGGCAUCCCCAAGCCAUACUUUGAAUAUUAUGUUACCUUGUUGGAUCAGAAGAAGGUGUCGCACGUGGUACAUUUCGACGGCCGAGAAACACUGGUCCCGCCACCGACGGUCACAAAGGUCUUCGCGGAGAGGCAGCCCAGUCAGCCGGCCACGCAACUCCAGGUCGACCUAUCCAAAUUCGGGCCGACGGAACGAGUUCCCCUGGGGUCUAUUGUGAAUGCUCGCUCCGGGGACAAGGGGUCGGACUGUAAUUGCGGCUUCUGGGUUGCGCGGGAGGACGAAUACGUGUGGCUGAAGAACCUGCUCUCCGUCGCGAACAUCAAACUCCUCUUGGGCAAAGAGUACGACGAGACGAGAGUGCCCAAGCUUGAAAUCGACAGGUUCGAGCUGCCGAAUCUGAGAGGUGUCCAUUUCUUGUUCCGCAAUCUCCUGGACCGAGGUGCCACCAGUACGAGCACCGUGGACUUCCUAGGUAAGAAUUGCGCCGAGUUCUUGAGAGCACGACACGUCGACGUGCCCGUUAAGUUCUUGGCCAGAGGCAGGUUGUGA